UGUGAUGUGCCUGUGUUGUGUCCACAGGCCCAGAAGAAUGAGCGUGAGUCCAUCAGACAGAAGCUGGCCCUGGGGAGCUUCUUCGACGAGGGACCAGGCCUCUACACCAGCUGCAACAAGAGUGGCAAGCCUAGCCUGUCUUCACGACUCCAGAGUGGGAUGAACCUGCAGAUCUGUUUUGUCAACGACAGCAGCAGUGACAAGGACAGCGAUGCAGACGACAGCAAGACAGAGACGAGUCUGGACACACCCCUGUCCCCCAUGUCCAAGCAGAGCUCCUCAUACUCGGACAGAGACACCACAGAAGAAGACAGUGAGUCUCUGGAGGACCUGGACUUCCUGAGCCGACAGAAGAAGCUGCAGGCGGAGGCUAAGCUGGCGCUGGCGACUAAGCCCAUGGCCAAGAUGCAGGUGGAGGUGGAGAAGCAGAACCGCAAGAAAUCCCCUGUGGCUGAUCUGCUGCCCCACAUGCCCCACAUCAGUGAGAGUCUGAUGAAGAGGAGUUUGAAGCAGGCGGACCUAAGGGACAUGUCCCUGGGGCAGCUGCAGGUCAUAGUCAACGACCUGCACUCUCAGAUAGAAGCUCUGAAUGAGGAGCUGGUUCAGCUGCUGCUGCUCCGUGACGAGCUGCACAUGGAGCAGGACGCCAUGCUGGUGGAUAUAGAGGACCUGACCAGGCAUGCUGAGAGCCAGCAGAAACACAUGGCAGAGAAGACUCCUUCUAAAUGAGAUGCCUACCUCCCUCCCUCCCCAUAUCUCCCUCGCCCCUCCCUCCCCCUACCUUCCUCCCCCCUCCCUCCUCCCUCCCUCCCCCCUACCUCCCUCCCUUCCC